ACAAACUUCAUACUAGUUCAUGUCACUGUGAGUUGCAUGUACUGUAGAUUUUGAUUAUGGGAUUUCCCAAUUUCGUUUCUACAUGUACAUUUCACGGACAAGAAUACAUAUUUAAAAUGAAUGUCCUAAAUAACAAUUUGGAAAUUCUCUUAACUGAUAAAUGUUCCGGAGAAGAAUGGCAAUGCAAUUAUGACGAUACACAAAUAGAAAAUAUUACCAGAAAGACAGGAAAUUUCAAACAAUUCGAAAUAUUCGUGGCGAUGAUUAAAUCAGGACUGUUGAAGACUUGCGAAAGCGUCACUUUGGACUUGCUAACCUACGAAGAAUUUGAAUCCCUGCGGCACAGAAAAAUCACCAAAUACCUCGGUCCUGAUAGUUAUUUUAAUAGAAGAUAUCUAAUAUUAACUUACGCAGUCGAAUUUGAUAAGAUUAGAUAUCCUAUUCCUUUAGAAUAUUGCGGUCCACCUGAUCCUAUAGUACUCCAAAAAACUAUCAAACGCUUAGAGAUGGAACUAGCUAAAACUAAAUACUCACUUUCUAACAGAACAACACAAAGCAGCAGCUCCAGAAGAAUUUACAGACUACAGAGACGCAUUGAGGAGUUGACUGCAGAAAAUGCAGAACUAACUCAGGAAAUUGAACAUUUAAAGAAAGUAAUGAACAAGAAUCCGAAGACUUCCGUUGCGAACUUGCAAAAAGCUGUUACUAAUUUGGAGGAAAGUGUUGUCAGUGAGAGAAAAUCACAUCACCAGUUGGUGGAAAAGCUAAAGCAGGAUAAAAUGAGUCUCAGCAAAGAGCUAGAGCGCGUUAAGCAGUCUGAAAAAUAUUUAAAAGCCAAAUUAGCAAAAAAGGAAUUAACUCCCACUAAGUACUCUCCCUCAAUAAAAAAUAGACGUUUUUCUAACUUAAAUAAAGUUGAAAGUAAAAGUUCAUCUUAUAAUAAUAACAACAGCGACUUGCGAUUUACUAGAACAAAAUCUUACUCCCAUAGGCAGUCGCCAAUAAGAUCCGUUAUAAGGACGUGCACGAGUAGAAGUUCUUCCACGAGUACGAAGUGCCCCGAUCCCGUGGAAUCUGAUCGUUUUAGAUCUCCAUGCACCUCUUCUAUAUCCAACAAAGUAUUCCGCCCUCGAGGAACUAUUCGUCAGGCAACAUCGCAAAGAAAAUGUGUACGAAAUAUAUCCAAAGGUUCAGUGAGCAGUGCCUCAUCAAAAAAGUCUAGUAAACCAAGGAGCAAAUCUAAAAAGAAAAUAUCAGAUUAUGAAAAUUUAGAGCUCAAAAUAUUGGAUUUGGAAAAGCUAUUGAAAAGGUCUUUAAAGAGAUAAAUAUUGUAAGUUAGUAUGUGUGUGUAAGCAUAUAAAUAUCUGUAUGAGACGUAGAUGACCAACGUUAUAUGUUCACACUAGAUUUUCCUUAAUUUUUCUAUAGAUAUUGAAUGUAUAGCAUAUAUCAUUGUUCUAUAUUUUAAAUUUUAUACAUUUAUUAUUGUUACUGUAGAGAGUAAUUAGUGGGAUAC